AUGGAUAGAAAGGGAAAUGCGAAAUUUAUUUCAUUUAAUUGUAAAUCUCUGAAAAGAUCUUUUGAUGGAAUAAGAGAUCUUUGUAACAAAGCGGACAUCAUAGCUUUGCAAGAGACGUGGCUCUUUCCUCAUGAGUUGCCAGAGCUAGAGGGCAUUAAUAAGGAGUUUGGCAGCACGGGAACAUCUGCGAUGGACGCCUCAGCAGGCCUCCUUACGGGCAGGCCUUACGGUGGCGUUGCUAUCUUAUGGAGAAAGAGUGCUUUUCGAUCAGUGUCAGUUAUAGAUUGUGGUGAUGCUCGCUUGUCUGCAGUGAAAAUACAAGCUAGUGGUAUGUCUUUUAUGUUAUUUAGCGUUUAUAUGCCUACUGAUUGUCCCGAUAACCUGCAUACUUUCACUCAGUGUUUAAGUUCAAUCAGUGCAAUUAUUGAAGAAAACAGUGACUGUUCGGUAGUUUAUAUGUUGGGUGACUUCAAUGCACAUCCUAAUGAACUGUUUUGUAGACAUUUAUUGGAGUUUUGUGAUGACCAGACGUGGACUUGUGUGGACCUUAAUCUUAUGAAAGAUGACACGUAUACUUUUAUUAGUGAGGCCCAUGGUUGUGUGAGGUGGUUGGAUCAUUGCGUUGUCACGAAUGCAGCGUUGUCCACAAUAGUUAAUGUACAAGUCGAGUAUGACGUGCAAUGGUCUGAUCAUUUCCCACUUAUAAUAGAUUGUGACUUGGAUCUAGUGCCGUAUAGGCACACGAUGGUCUCUACAGGGGUAUUCAGUGGGGUUGUAUGGGGGGAACAUACUGACGAACAAGUCCGUAGAUAUAGUAAAAUAUGUCAUGAGCAACUACGAGAAAUUGAUAUCCCGGGCGAAAUGAGUUAUUGUUGCGAUGGAACUUGUGUUAAUGCUGAGCACAAAUUAUUAAUAAGAAAUAUGUACCUGAGACUGGUUACUAUAUUAUCCGCUGCAGCAACAGCCUCGUGUAAGGUGGUGAGGGUACGAAGGAGGGGUGGUUACGUUGCGGGUUGGAACAAAUAUGUUGCAUAUUACCACAGAGAGGCCAGGUUGAGGUUUUUGACCUGGGUGGAAGCGGGAAAACCGAAUACGGGUCAGACAUAUGUUGAUAUGAAGAAAAGUAGUAAAUCGUUUAAGCAGAAGCUGAAGUUGUGCCAAGAUAGGCAGGUGCAAUUUAAAAUGGAUGCACUUGCUUCCCUUCACUCUGCUAACAAUUUCAAACAGUUCUGGAAAGUGACGGGAAAUAUGAGCCAAAAGCCUGGCCUUCCUGUGUGCGUGGAUGGUAUUAGUGACAAGCAUAUGAUUGCUAAUAUGUUUAGUGAACAUUUUAGGGUGUUACCGCAGCAUAAGACAGAUAUGUCUCGAUCGUGUGGUGCUGGGAGUAUUGGCAGUCAGGUUAGGGUUAGGUUUACAGCGAAGGAGGUUAGUCGCGUUAUCAGUGGUAUGAGUGGAGGUAAAUCUCCUGGAUGCGAUGGUCUCAGCAUCGAGCAUCUUAGGCACGCUGGGGUCUGCCUGCCACACGUCCUAUCUCAAUUUUACAAUCUUUGUCUUUGUCACGGUUACUUACCAGAGGAACUUACUAAAACUAUAGUAGUUCCUAUUAUUAAGAACAGAACUGGGGAUGUCUCGGAUAGAAAUAACUACCGUCCCAUCUCACUUGCCAACAUUAUGGCCAAGGUGCUGGAUGGCCUGCUUAAUGACAUUCUCAUGAAGCACAUAAAGCUGCAUGAAGCUCAGUUUGGUUUUCGAAGUGGGCUUUCUACUGAAAGUGCUAUAUUGUGUCUUAAGCAGGCUGUACAGUAUUAUACGGAUAGGAAAACGCCGAUAUACGCGUGUUUUCUGGACUUGUCAAAAGCUUUUGACACUGUCCUAUAUGAUAAGCUUUGGGGGAAGCUGGGCGAUGCGGGUGUGCCAGUGGAGGUAGUAUCGCUGUUUCAGGAAUAG